GAGAGGAGCCUUUGGUUGUGGACAGCGGGCCUUGGCACAUCAUCCUCACCGUCCUCCCGGCGAUCAGGCACCAGACACAGGGCUCGACGGCAGGACCCCCAUCGGCCUACCCGGAGCUUUCCAGAGCUUCCUUUGGACUGACCUGUCCUUGGUCAUCCAGUCUUCCUGCCACCUCCAGACCCCCUCAGCUACAGGUUGCUGCUUCCUUGUGCUAGCAGUGAUGAGGUCCCGGCUUCUGCUUUCUGUGGCCCACCUGCCCACAAUUAGGGAGACCACAGAGGAGACGCUGCUUGGGGAGCCUGGGCAGGAGCCCCCAGCUUCUCCCAGCCUGGAUGAUUAUGUGAAGUCCAUCUGUCAGCUGGCACAGCCCACCUCUGUGCUGGAUGAGGCCACAGCCCAGGGCCGACUCAGGCAACCCCACCGGCCAGCACAGGCCUGCGAGAAGAGCCACCCUGCUGCAUCCCUACAGGACAUCACUGCCUGUUUCAGAAGCCAGCAGCCCACACUGCCCACACUGCCCACAGCUGACACUGUGGACCCCUUGGACUGGCUCUUUGGGGAGUCCCAGGAAAAACGGCCAAGUCGGAGGGACUUGCCAAGGAGGACUGGCUCCUCUGCUGGCCCCUGGGGUCUACACAGGCAGAUGGACAGUGGCAAGACCAGGGGGUGGCCCAGAGGGAGGGUCUGUGAAGCCAAGGCACCUGGGCACUCCCUGACAAGCCCAGUACGGGAAGGGCACCAGAACUCUGACCUGAAAAGCCGGAUUUCUGGGCAGCUCAGCCGAGCGACAGCCUCCCCCCGCAUCCCCUGCCCCAGCAGUGUUCUGAGAACUCUCUACUCACACCUCCCAGUGAUCUAUGAACUCUGACCUCUCCCCAAUAAAGACUUCUGUGAAAAGCA